AUGAAGCCAAAAUGGUUGAAGAAAGCUAUAGCGAAGGGACGGCGUAAGCUUGGAAUCGAUUCCAUCGACCGUCGUACGGUUGUGAACACCAUCCAGUUCGCGUUGGAAGGGCUGAGUCAAACUCUUCCUGAUUCCACCGUUUUCGCUCCCCUCAAAAUUGUUAUCGAUGGGCUGUUAUUCGUUUCAACGACGCUCGAAGUAGUUAUUUUCAUCGAAAUCAUAACGGUUAAACAGACGGAGGACGAGAUGAACGACUUCGUGACCCAUCUCAACUCCCUACAAAGGAUUGUCUCGGUUUAUCGGGAAGGAGAGUUCGACGCCCCAUCGGUGGACGAAGCCAUGAAAGAGUUGAUCCUAGCAGUCGCAGGAUCUAUGAAAGAAAUACAAGAAAUAUUGAAACAAGGCCGCGGGAAACGUGCCGUCAGCAACAGCGACAACACCCAGACACUGGCAUCCCAAAAUGCUCUGAUCGCUCGGUCAUUAUCAACAUUUCACGUCGCCUCCUCCUUUCUAAUGUUACGACAGAACGCAACGGUUUUGGCCCACUCCAGAGGGAAUAAUGCGCAAGCCGUCUUAGACAAAUUGCCGGUUGCCGAAGGUGCUUUGUACGAUUCCGCAGACCGAAACUUCGCACCCAAGUGCUUGGAGAACACACGGGUUUCAGUACUCGAGCGUGUAACUAAAUGGAUAGCUGAUCCCACCGCGCCGCACCUUUUCUGGCUCAAUGGGAUGGCAGGGACGGGCAAAUCCACCGUGGCACAGACCAUCGCAGGCUUCUGUUCGGAGAGGAAAUGGCUUGCGGCAACCUUCUUCUUUUCCAGAGAUCGUGUCGUGCAGCACUCCGCCGAGCUGUUUUUCCCGACCCUUGCGCAUCAGCUGGCACUAUUCGAACCGCGGCUCAUUCCGUUUCUUGAAGCAUCGAUGAAGACGAAUUCUGCGUUACCGAGGGCGACCUUUGUUGUCCAGUUCAACAAGCUCAUCGUGGAGCCGUUCGUGGAGUUUGUCAAAACCGAGCCUGCGGGCCUGGAUGCUCCGAUAUUGGUCGUAAUUGACGCUCUUGACGAGUGUAAAUACGAGGAAUCGACGAGGGAGCUAUUACAUCUGUUGCUCAACGGAGGACUCCACCAAUUUCCGACCCUCAAGGUCCUUGUUACAAGCAGGCCUGAGACCUACAUCUGCAGUGUAUUCAAGAGGCCGAUGGACGUUCCUAUUCCCUAUCGUAGUCUGGCCCUGCACGAAGAAGACCCAGCGACGGCUCGUCAAGAUAUAACUGCCUAUCUUGAGCAGGGCUUGGGCAGGAUUCGAAAGGAUCGCUGGGAAUGCUUCUCGGGUUUGAGGGCGGAAGAAUCCUGGCCAACCGAAAGGAUGAUCAAUGACCUUGUGGAUCGGUCGGCUGGCCUCUUCAUUUAUGCCUCCACGAUCUUGAAAUACCUCCAGGAUAACCGACAAAACCCGAAGCGGCAGAUGCAACUUGUCAUCGAAAUGAAGGCCAAGGGAGACUCAUCAAAUAUCUACGGAUACCUCGACGAACUGUAUAGUCAGAUACUUAGCAAGUGCCUGAACACGCCCGAUCUCCGACGCGUCAUUAAUGCAAUCCUCUUCGCGGUACGCCCGCUGUCACUCCACGACUUGGAUCUUCUCUUGCGCCUUGAACCUGGAGAUGCUCGCACCGCGCUGUAUGAUUUGUCGUCGGUGUUUGUCGUUCCCCAAGACGACAGUCGACCAGCGAGACUCUUUCAUCCGUCCUUCUAUGAUUUCAUCACUUCGAAGUCCCGCUCUGCUGGAUUUUAUCUCGACCCGCUAGUUGGGCAGUCGCAGAUGGCUUCUGCGUGUUUGAAGCACGUGUACCGCUUUUGCGAGGCCUCGGAUUCGCAGAAGGCUGAGUUUGUCAACGAGCAGCGUCCCCUCGUCACAUACGCAUGCCAACAAUGGACUUCGCACCUGCGGGAAUCACAACUGCAUGAGCUCGAACUACUCGAUGACACUCGUCGUUUCCUCAGUCUGCACCUCUUCUCCUGGUUUCAUCUCUUUGUGAGAUUGAUGAUUAUGUCCGGCGUUGGUCGUUGUGUCACUGAUUUGUUUGUCUCCGUCGAGAGGUUCUCUCCAGAUGAUCAACUGUUCAUCGCGGAAGCCAUUUAUAAGCUAGCCCUUUUCAUAUACGUUCCGCCGCAGUAUACAUUCUACCUCGGCAUUCUCGAAAGGCAUUGUUUCCUAUAUAAUGGCGACCGCAGAGCCAUAAACGACGCCAUUGAAUAUCAUCGCGAUGCCCUUAAAGCCAUAUCAAUCGAUCAUGUGGACCGAGCGACAUUCACUGUAGGCCUCGUCAUCGCCCUCCGGCACCGCUCUCAGCUACGCUCCUACACAUCCGAAUAUCGUAGUGACAUGCCUGAAUGCAUUGAUUUAUGCGAAUCUAUGUUGAAAGCGCUAGCAGACCAACAAAUACUGGAGAAGGCAAUACUUCGUACUGCCUAUGCCGCAUGUCUUGAAGAGCGAUACAAUCAAACGAAAGACCUUCGGGAUCUGGACAGAGCGAUAGAACUAUACAGACAAGCAGCACUAUCAUUGCCCCAAACCCACGAUUAUCGAGUAGCAUAUCUAUGCAACGCCGCCGCCUCCAUCCUCAUUCGAUCUGACAUUGAACCCAAUGGAAUAUCCAUCAUGGAUGCCGCCGAUUUGUAUCUCGAGGCUUUCGACUGUUCUUUCGUGGCCCCAUCUUCCGCGUACCUUGUUGCAUUAGGUUAUGCUCGAUCUGUGGAGACAACAGCGGGCGCCUUCUCCGCACAUGUCAACGCCGUCACAAAACUACGGAAGAUUAUAUGGACAUCUUUGGCACCAGACCUUGCUGAAGUAAUUAUACGUCAAUCUACUCCAUUUGUGCUGAAAACCGCUUCGUUAGCGCUGGAGGCGCACGAUGUCUGGGUCGCAAUGGAGUGCAUCAUGCAAGCAUGCAUUAUGCAGUGGCGAGAGCCUUUGCAAAUAUGUUCUCCCCGCCCAUUCCUGCCAUACACUGAAUUACUUGAAGAGAUGGAAACCCUAUCCAAUAUCUUGGAAAUCAGGAAUGAUUUCGAGCCUAUGCCUGCUCUCUCCGCCGAUGACCCCUCCAUCCACGAGAUACUAAACUACGAGGAUAUUGCCUCGGAGUAUGAGCAUCUCUACGAGACUUUCUCACGCAAUCGGACUGCUCGCCACUUUGAACUGAAGAGGUUCUUACAUUCUGCCGAAGGGAGUCUGGGCUCUGGACGGAUUGUUAUCUUGAAUGGAUCACCUCUUCGUUGUGAUGCCCUGGUCAUUCGACCUUCCUCCGAAUCAUUGGAUAAGGAACUCGUCAUUCAGCUACCGAUUAAGCAUCGGGAAGUGGAAGAACUCGCAGGAGGGCUUCGCAGUUUAUGGAACUCUUAUCGUGUAGACUAUUCGGACCCGAAAGAGGACUUGGACAAAUCUGGAAUAAAAUUCCUGAAGACGAUGUGGACGUCUAUUGUGGAACCCAUUGUAUCGGGGUUGCAGCUAGCUAAGACUAGUGACCCACCUCGUAUUUGGUGGUGCCUGACUGGCCCCUUCAUAGACCUCCCUGUCCAUGCGUCGGGAACAUACGAUGCCAAACGUCCUGCCUAUAUGACCGACUUUGCGGUUUCAUCAUACUUGCCAACCAUCGACAUCCUCCCUGAUCUUAUCGAGACCAAUAAACAACACGAACUUCGCAAUCUUCCAGCCAAACUUUUUUUCGUCGAGCCGGAGGUUUCGAGAUUAGAUCGAUCCGCAGAAUUGGAGUUGCAGUACAUGCGCGAAGCCAUUCCCAAGUCUCAAUUUGUAACGACGGAUGACCGGAGGUUGACAAUUGACAAUGUCAUCGCCCAGCUAGGCGAAUGCACGGGGGUACAUAUCGCCGCAACGUCACAACAACAUGCAGGCAAGCCUGCUUGCGCAGACUUCGUGCUGCCCGCAACCCUGAGACUCAGCUAUGAAAAUAUGCGCGAUAACCCGGUACCGAAAUUCGCAUUCCUCUCAACUUACACGGUUGGUGAGUCGCGUUUCUAG